AUGGAUGUAGUUACCUAUGAUGAUGUGCAUGUGAACUUCACUCGGGAAGAGUGGGCUUUGCUGGAUCCUUCUCAGAAGAGUCUCUACAAAGAUGUGAUGCUGGAGACCUAUAGGAAUCUCGCUGCUAUAGGCUACAUUUGGGAAGAUCAUACUAUUGAAGAACACUUUCAAAGUUCUAGAAGAUAUGAAAGGUAA